AUGUCAAAGAAAUAUUCAGCACACCUCGUAUUGUGGUUUUUAAUUCAAUUAUUGACUAAAGUAGAAUGUCAAACGACUCUUUUUAAGCCAAUACAACGACGUGGUCAUACUGCUACACUCAUAGAUGAUAAACUUUACAUUUUAGGUGGAAGAAAUAAAGAUUAUCCAGAAGUUGGCAACGAAUUUUUUUAUACUGAUGUCUCCGUUCCAUUCAACACUAAAAAUAUAUUAUGGAAUGAUUUAACAAGCAUUAAUGCAGUUCCAAAGCAUAAUGCUGCUGCAUCUGUUAGAGGAGGUGCAAAUAAUAAAACCUUGUUUUUAUAUGGUGGAUUACCUUACGCGGAUAAUGAAGUAACAAUGUCUUUAGUUUACACAUUUGAUACACUAAGUAAUUCUUGGAGUAUUCCAACAAUAAAUGGUGGCAAUACAAUUAGAAAAGAUAACCUAAAAGCUAUCGUUGAUGAUAAUGGGAAAAUGUAUUUAUUUGGUGGGCAAUCUAAUGAAACCAUUACAAAUGAUAUGCUUAUUUUAGACACAAUAAAUUUGAAAUGGGGUAUCGGUAGUUCAAUUAAUGCUCCUUCUCCAAGAGUUGUUUAUGGUGCAACUUAUGUCUCAAAUCAGUUUUUAUUAUAUAUUGGAACUAAUAAUCUUAAUAAUCUCAAACCUCAGGAAGCGCUUUAUGUAUUAAAUUUGGCAAAUUAUGAGUGGUACAUUCCAAAAAUUACUGGAAUUAUUCCUGGUUCUAGGUAUUGGCAUAAAGCGAAUGUGAUUGGGAGAUAUAUGGUCAUAUCAUUUGGCGAUAUCGAUUUUAAUAAAGAAGCAUCAACAUUUCCUAUCAUGAGAAGUGUUAAUAAUUCUAGGAAAGAAAGAAUCUCUGCAAUACCAGCAAAUAAUGCUUAUUAUUACGAACAAAAACCGUUACCUAUACCAGAAAAUAUUUAUGGUUAUGGACAACAAACAGUACCUAUACAUGAAAAUAACAAUUCGAUAGCAAUUUCAAGUGGCAAUAAUCAAAGAUCAUCAGAACAACAUAUUGACUUGGAAAAUCUUAAGAAUGAUAUAAUUCAGGUGGUUAG